AAUACUAAUUGCAAAUGGCGGCUGCAGGUGGUUUUGAAUGCGCAGAUGCUAGCAGAGAUUCAACAUCUGUUUCAGCGGUACCUCGUCGUAUAUUACUGUUCAGUGGAAAAAGAAAGUCCGGCAAGGAUUACAUUACUGACAAAUUACAGCAAAGAUUAAACGAUUCGCAAUGCGUAACAAUAAAGAUUUCUGGACCUAUAAAAACACAUUGGGCCGAAAGUUUGAACCUAGAUUUAAAAGAAUUACUUGGAGAUGGAGAAUACAAAGAGAAAUACAGACAACAGAUGAUUGCAUGGGGUGAAGAUAUGAGGAAAAAAGAUACUGGCUACUUUUGUCGAGCUGCUAUCGAUAUGUAUAAUGCUCAUAAUAUACCCAUAUGGAUAGUCAGUGAUAUAAGACGGAAAACUGAUAUUCAAUGGUUCGUUGAAAAUUUUGGCAACGCUUGUAAAACUGUGAGAAUUAUUGCUAAUGAUGGAGUCAGGACAAAACGAGGAUGGAUCUUCACGCCAGGUAUAGACGAUGCAGAGUCUGAAUGUGAUUUAGACGACAUAAAUAAUUGGGACUUGGAAGUUUUCAACAAUGAUUCCAAAAUUGAUGAUAUUUUGAACAAUAUCAUCAGCCUGAUAAAUUGAUCUAGUUUUUCAAUUGCCAAAAUGUCGAAAUACAAUCAAGAAGCUGUCUUAAAAUGACUAGGAAAAC